UUCCGGUGGCAUUCGAAAAUCCGUGAAAAAUUUUGUCGAAAGAAAUAUUAAGAGAGAAAAUGACGUAGAUGGAGGAAAAGCGGAGAUGAUCGUAAUCCUACUCGUUCAAUUCUAAGAUCUUUAUACCGAAGCAUCUCGCGCGAAUUUUUUACAAAGGAAAAAUCCUUUAAGUUAACUGAGGGUGAUACUGGCGUCGCUGCUGUUAGAUUUCUGGAAUUAUCAUCUUUCGUAAUUCGACUCACAAGAGGGAAUCGAAAACCUAAAGAAUUUCAUCCGACUCUGGGAUCGUUUGUUCCUUCGUUUCUUCUCUCAAUUACGAAAUCUGAUCGCGUCGCUUUAUUCGUCUUAUAAAAGUAAAAUAAAAAAAAAAUCCCUACAUAUAUUGUACAGGGGGAAGAAAGGAAAAAAGUGGUACACCUAAAUUAGUCAUUAAAAUUGAAAAGACUCGCCAUUUGCUUCUCGGAAUUUCAAUUACAUCCAACGAGCCUUGAUUAUUACUUAACGUUUUAUUAUUUGAUAAAAGAGAAGGAGAAUCAUAAAAUAUUAUAUUUGAAAAAAUCUAUCACGUCCACCGUAGAGAAAAGACUCGGAGGGGAGAUUUAUUAGGGGUGACGAGCGAACGAUUAUUAUUAAUUAAUUCAUAACCGAAGAAAGUGUGAAUCGUAUUAUCGAAUUUAUUCAGACCCAUUAACUGACAUCAACCUUUACGGAAUCAAAUUUGGGAAGCUCGAACGUAAAAGGAGGUCGAGACGGUGCCGUGGAACUUCAAGUGGUAACACUUCGAGGUGUAAACUUCGUCACGAAUAAAGCGGUAGCCCCUCUCUCAAUUGAAAUUCAGAUCUUCGUACAAAUUGACACUCAAGCUCAAGACGCCCAGCUGUUAAGAGGUUCGGACAAAGUUAGGACGAGUAGGUAUAACUAUAUACCUGCUCAAUAAUAUACCCGUUGUGUUUUUGUCGUGUGAGAAGUUUCUUGGGAGACCGACGUGCGCGCAUCAAGAGCGAAGAGUUAAAAUUAAUUAACAAAUUAGUCUGGGCCUUGUUUUUAUUUAUUUAUUUAUUCAUUUUUCAAAUUAAACAUUUUCCACCGGACACCGCUUUACUUUCGGAAUUUUUAUCAUCCCCGGUGAAGAAGGGCGAGUGUUGAAUUGAAGGAGAGACGGAAACAGUUCGUGGGUGAAUCUUCCGGAGAUUUUUAUUAAUUAAAAAACUGAUAUAAAAAAAAAACAAAAAUAAAAUAAAGACAAAAAAAAAAUGGUGAACAAGUGAUAAAUAAUUUUUGUCAACAAAAUGACCGAUGUCGUUAAUGCGACUGAAUCGGAUAUUCGACUCUGUUUGCUGCCGAACAAUGAAUCUAUGCUAGAAGAUCCGAGGAUAGCAACCCUUACGCGGAUCAGUUAUGGUAUCAUUUUACCGUCAAUUUGUUGCCUAGGGAUUAUCGGAAAUAUCCUGAACCUCGUCGUACUCACGAGGAGAAACAUGAGAGGAACUGCCUACAUCUACAUGCGCGGAUACUCCGCUGCAGCCCUCCUGGCGAUCUUAUUCUGCAUCCCCUUCGCUCUUCGAGUCUUGAUCCACAAGGAGACAGGACGAUGGAGUAACUGGGCACAGGCAUUCUAUCACGCUCAUUUGGAGCUUUUUUUGGGAAACGGGUGUUUGGGAGUUGGAGUUAUGAUGCUACUGGCACUGACGGUGGAAAGAUACGUGAGCGUUUGUCAUCCAGGUCAGCACACCCGGCCUCUGUGCGGACCGCCACAUUUGACAGUCGUCCUAAUACCCCUCGCUACUUUCGUCGUCUAUCUUCCGAGCGUUUUUCGCGGGGAAAUAACCAAGUGUCAGGUACCGCCAGCGGGUCCAUUGAUAUACCAGAAGCGAGAAAACGUCCUAUUUUUACACUCUCUGUUUUACCAGGUGUACAAAAUCGUUUUGGAGGUCGUCUUCAAAGUUGCCCCAACAAUUUUACUCGCCGGUUUCAAUCUCCGCAUAAUGAUCGUCUACAGAAAAUCGUGCGAACGUCGCAGAAGAAUGACGUUGUCGAGAACCGUCAGCAACGACGAGGAUCCGAGAACAUUUGCUGAAGAAAGAAGGCUCGUUCUUCUCCUCGGGAGUACGAGUAUACUUUUCCUCGUAUGCGUCAGUCCAAUGGUGAUCCUGAACGUAACCCUGAGCGAGACGAAUCUGAGCCUUUACCCGUACCAGGUAUUUCGUGCUCUGGCGAACCUUCUCGAAGUUAUAAAUUACUCUAUAACAUUUUACAUCUACUGCCUCUUCUCGGAGGACUUCCGCAACACCCUGAUACGCACUCUGCAGUGGCCUUGGGGUCCUGCGGGAAGAAACGGACGGAGCGUACCCAUGAAACACUCACCAUUACCGAGGCCCACGACCACAACUACCCCUCCAACUACAGCGGUCGCAACCCCUGGUCACGUAGCGAGGGCCAGCGUCUAGCGUAAACCAAAAAUUCUAUAAAUUUUCACAUUUUAUUACCGGCCGGAAGGGAAAGAGUACCGGAUGUGAGACCUGCCUCGUUUAAUUACAACGAUCUAUGAGUUGAUUUUCUUUGUUCAUCUGAUCGUAAUAUGUAAAUUAAUCGUACGAGUUUGUCAAUUUUUCAAUUGUGACUGAGGAGAUAAAAAAGUGAAAGAAAAAUUUUAAAUAGAACGACAACCGAUGAGCUGAACAAAAAUGCAUUUUACCUAUACCCAUACCGAUAUAUACAUACGUAACCAUUUUCGUAUACCGUGAGCGUUUGUUGAAAAUUAUUGCGAUCCACGCAAGCGUCGGAAUAUUCGAAUUUCUCAAUUUACCAGCAAACCCGAGCUCUGCUGGAUUUAGCGUAGCCACGAGCGAG